GUGACGUCGGACGCGAGACGCCGGGCCUACAGCGGGAGCGUGAGGGAGGCUGCAAAUUCCGUUUCUAGUCAUCUCUGGCUCCGCGGAGUAGAAUACCAUGAGCAAAGCUCACCCUCCCGAGUUGAAAAAAUUUAUGGACAAAAGUUAUCAUUGAAAUUAAAUGGUGGCAGACAUGUCCAAGGAAUAUUACGGGGAUUUGAUCCCUUUAUGAAUCUUGUGAUAGAUGAAUGUGUGGAGAUGGCAACUAGUGGGCAACAGAACAAUAUUGGAAUGGUGGUAAUACGAGGAAAUAGUAUCAUCAUGUUAGAAGCCUUGGAACGAGUAUAAAUAAUG